CGCCGCUACGCGUCGAGCUUUCCUGGACCGCGAUCGCUCGGUGUGGCGCCGAGUUGCUUGGGCUGGGAGGAGCGCGGCGGGGGACGUCGAACAGUUUGAAGUGCGUGCUGCGAUGCUGCUUGCCUCGAACUGAAUUGCCUUGCUCACGAUGGCGAACAUAUCGGGAAAGGUUAUUCUGCUGCUGACAGUGACCGCGGCCGCCGCCGAACUCGGGCGGCCGUGCCUGCGAGACAGCAACUGUGCAGACGUGGCCAACAGUCGCUGCUGGCGGCGCCGCUGCGUCUGCGAAAGAUUCUACGUGCAGUUGAACAACACAGCCUGCCUGCCGCCGUCUCUGCUGGGCUUCCCCUGCGUGGAGGACGCCCAGUGCCGGUCGCGUGUCAAGAACACCGCCUGCAUCCGCGGCGCCUGCCGCUGCAGUCUGGGCUUCUCCACAUACAAACGGCACGCCUGCCUCGCACCGGCAAAACUGAACGAGACCUGCCACACGCAGGACCAGUGCCAUCUUGGGACAAAAGGAAGCCAUUGCAAGUUCAUCAUCCCACGAGUUAUUGGCAGAUGUCAGUGUCCGAACGGCGCUAGCCUAGUGGGAGCAAAAUGCUUGAGAUCUGCUGCAAAGCUAGGCAGCCGCUGCCAGCUGCCCACCGAGUGCGGCUUGAUCGCGCACGCCCAGUGCGCCCAGCACCCGGACAAGCCCAGCACGUGCCGCUGCGCACCCGGCUUCACCGAGUCCAACGACCUCACCUUCUGCCGGCCGCUGUACAAAGAGGCGCCAGCGCUGCCGGCGGCGCUCGGUCAACCGUGCGUGGCGUCAGCCGCGUGUAGGGCGGCCGACCCAAACUCGCACUGCGAGGCCGGCCGGUGCCAGUGCGACCAGCCGUCGACCGAAUGCAGCGCCGACAACAUCGGCUGCUUCAACCACACCUUCCAGUGCCGCGCCACCGGUCGCUGCAUCAGCUGGUACUUCGUCUGCGACGGCCGCGACGACUGCGGCGACGGCUCUGACGAGCUGCUGUGCCGCCCGCCGCACGGGUGUCCGACGCUGACGCACGCCUGCGCCAGCGGCCAGUGCGUCAGCCGAGCGCGACUCUGCGACGGCGUGCGCCACUGCGACGACGGCAGCGACGAGCUGGGAUGCCGCCGCCCGGCCCGAGGGCUGGCCGAUCUGCUGGCGCCACACAUCCUUCUCUGCCUGCUCGCCUCCGGUUAA